CCGCAAAUGUCCAGAGUAUUAGGGUAUGGAAGUCAUCAAACAAAGUAUACCCUCCUGUCCAGGAGAUUCUGGUGGCACAGAGGGUGGGCAGCCAGUCGUCAAAGAGUGUUGCUGAAAAAUGUCAACUCCUGAUCCUCCAAUGGGAGGCACACCUCGCCCAGGCCCCUCACCAGGACCUGGACCUUCUCCUGGAUCAAUGCUAGGCCCCAGUCCUGGACCCUCACCUGGCUCUGCACACAGUAUGAUGGGACCAAGCCCUGGUCCCCCAUCUGCCGGUCAUUCCAUGACUCCACAGGGGCCUGGAGGUUAUGCUGCAGAAAGCAUUCAUCAACUUCAUAAGGCAAUGGAAUCAAUGCAUGAAAAGGUGAUGCCCGAUGACCCACGUUACAGCCAGAUGAAAUCCAUUAGCAUGAGGUCAGGAGGACACAGUGGCAUGGCACCACCGCCUAGCCCCAUGGACCAGCAUUCUCAAGGUUACCCUUCUCCUCUGGGAUGUACUGAGCAUGCCCCAAGUCCAGUACCUGCUAACGGCCCUCCUUCGGUACCCCCUAUGACUUCUGGACCAGGUGGUGUUCCAAUGGAUGGCGGGGAACCUCAGACACUGGGACAGCAAAACCGUGGACCCUCUCCUUUCAACCAAGGGCAACUGCAUCAGCUGCGAGCACAGAUCAUGGCAUACAAGAUGCUUGCAAGAGGACAACCCAUUCCUGACCACUUGCAGUUGGCUAUCCAAGGGAAGAGACCACCGCCUGGAAUGCAGCAGCAGAUAUCAUCACUACCUCCGCCCUCCACCCCUGGAACUGGAGCAGCUUCAGGCCCAGCUCCUGGGAAUUACAACAGACCACUUGGUAUGGGAGGAUCUAACAUGAUGCCUCCAGGAUCUGCUGGUGUCAAUCAGGGAAUGCAAUGUCAACCUCCCGGCGGCCCCUCAAAAUCCUGGCCAGAAGGUCCAAUGGCCAAUGCCACUGCACCAACUAGCACCCCCCAAAAGCUGGCUCCCCCUCAACCCACUGGUCGACCUUCCCCAGUGCCACCAGCUGUGCCCCCUGCUGCCUCCCCAGUCAUGCCACCUCAGACACAGUCACCAGGCCAGCCAGCUCAGCCGGCCCCUAUGGUGCAGCACCAUCAGAAGCAGAACCGGAUCACCCCCAUUCAGAAACCACGAGGGUUGGACCCAGUUGAACUUCUCCAGGAACGCGAGUAUCGGUUGCAAGCACGCAUUUCCCAUCGGAUCCAAGAAUUGGAAAACCUCCCUGGCUCAUUAGCAGGAGACCUUCGCACAAAAGCAACCAUUGAACUCAAGGCUCUGCGGCUCCUUAAUUUCCAAAGGCAGCUUCGGCAGGAAGUGGUGGUGUGUAUGAGGAGGGAUACAGCCCUCGAGACAGCGCUGAACGCAAAGGCUUACAAGCGCAGCAAGCGGCAGUCACUCCGCGAGGCACGGAUCACUGAAAAACUCGAGAAACAGCAGAAGAUUGAGCAAGAACGAAAGCGCAGACAAAAACAUCAGGAAUACCUCAAUAGCAUUCUGCAGCAUGCAAAGGACUUCAAGGAAUAUCAUCGGUCAGUUUCUGGGAAGAUGCAGAAACUGACAAAAGCAGUGGCCACGUACCAUGCAAACACUGAGCGUGAGCAAAAGAAGGAGAAUGAACGGAUUGAGAAGGAGAGGAUGAGGAGACUGAUGGCAGAAGAUGAAGAAGGCUAUCGAAAACUGAUUGACCAGAAGAAGGACCGACGCCUGGCAUACCUGCUGCAGCAAACUGAUGAAUACGUAGCCAAUCUGACAGAACUCGUCCGACAGCACAAGGCAGCACAGGCUGCGAAAGAGAAAAAGAAGAAAAAGAAGAAGAAGAAGCAGGAAAAUGUGGACGGUUUGGGUUCUGCUGUUGGCCCUGAUGGUGAGCUCUUGGAUGAGACUAGCCAGAUGAGCGAUUUACCAGUGAAGGUGAUUCAUGUGGAAAGUGGACGGAUUCUGACUGGAGCUGAGGCACCAAAGGCUGGGCAGCUAGACACCUGGUUGGAAAUGAAUCCCGGCUACGAGGUGGCUCCGCGUUCUGACAGUGAAGACAGCGGCUCUGAGGAAGAGGAAGAGGAUACGACAGACUGGAGGCUGCUAAUCAUGUCGGAGGACAGGUCUCGUUCGGGACUGCUGGAAGAGGAAGAGGAGGAGCAGGCAAACCCACCAGCACAGACUCCUGCACCGGAGGAGAAGAAGAAAAUCCAGGAUCCAGACAGUGAAGAAGUGUCUGAGUUGGACGCAAGGCAAAUCAUAGAGAACGCUAAGCAGGACGUGGAUGAUGAGUACAGCGCACCACUAUCUAGUAUACAUGGUCUGCAGUCCUAUUAUGCAGUAGCUCAUGCAGUGACGGAGAGGGUCGAUAUUCAGUCUACGUUGCUUGUGAAUGGUUUACUCAAACAAUAUCAGGUCAAAGGUCUGGAAUGGCUUGUCUCGCUGUACAAUAACAACCUGAAUGGAAUCCUUGCUGAUGAGAUGGGCUUGGGAAAGACCAUUCAGACGAUCGCACUCAUCACUUACCUCAUGGAGCAUAAGCGCAUCAAUGGACCUUUCCUGAUCAUAGUACCUCUAUCAACGCUGUCAAACUGGGCCUAUGAGUUUGAUAAGUGGGCGCCAUCAGUAUCACGGAUCUCAUAUAAGGGUUCUCCUGCAGCUCGAAGGGCAUUUGUUCCUCUGCUUAGAAGUGGGAAGUUCAAUGUCCUACUCACCACUUAUGAAUACAUCAUCAAAGACAAGCAUGUUCUUGCCAAGAUCCGUUGGAAAUACAUGAUAGUGGAUGAAGGUCACCGUAUGAAGAACCACCACUGUAAGCUAACACAGGUGCUGAAUACGCAUUAUGUGGCACCACGUCGCCUGUUGCUCACUGGCACUCCACUGCAAAACAAGCUGCCUGAGCUGUGGGCACUCCUCAACUUCCUGCUGCCAACUAUUUUCAAAAGCUGCAACACGUUUGAGCAAUGGUUCAACGCCCCCUUCGCCAUGACAGGAGAAAAGGUGGAUCUAAAUGAAGAGGAGACUAUUCUGAUCAUCAGACGUUUGCACAAGGUCCUCCGCCCUUUCCUGUUGAGGCGAUUGAAAAAGGAAGUUGAAGCUCAGCUGCCUGAGAAGGUGGAAUACGUCAUUAAAUGUGACAUGUCAGCUUUGCAGAGAGUACUGUACCGCCACAUGCAAGCCAAGGGAGUGCUGCUGACUGAUGGCUCAGAGAAGGAUAAAAAGGGCAAAGGAGGCACAAAGACACUGAUGAACACCAUUAUGCAAUUGAGAAAGAUUUGCAACCACCCAUAUAUGUUUCAGCACAUUGAGGAGUCUUUUUCAGAACACUUAGGAUUCACUGGAGGCAUUGUACAAGGGGCUGAUCUUUACCGAGCCUCGGGGAAGUUUGAACUGUUGGACAGGAUUCUCCCCAAGCUGCGAGCCACCAAUCACAGAGUGUUGCUCUUCUGCCAGAUGACCUCACUGAUGACCAUCAUGGAAGAUUACUUCACAUACCGCAGCUUCAAGUACCUUCGCCUGGAUGGGACCACCAAAUCUGAGGACCGUGGGAUGCUGCUGAAGACUUUCAAUGAGCCCAACUCCCAUUACUUUAUCUUCCUGCUCAGCACUCGGGCUGGAGGUCUAGGCCUCAACCUUCAGGCUGCAGACACUGUUGUCAUUUUUGACAGUGACUGGAAUCCUCACCAAGACUUACAAGCUCAAGAUCGUGCUCAUCGCAUCGGACAGCAAAAUGAAGUACGCGUGCUGCGCCUGUGCACUGUGAACAGUGUGGAGGAAAAGAUCUUAGCAGCAGCUAAAUACAAGCUCAAUGUUGACCAGAAGGUCAUCCAGGCUGGGAUGUUCGAUCAGAAAUCCUCCAGCCACGAGAGGCGGGCAUUUCUUCAGGCUAUACUCGAACAUGAGGAGCAGGACGAAUCUGAGGUUGUGGCAGCGGAGGUGAAAGGAUCGGAAGGACAUACUGAAGAAGAUGAAGUUCCCGAUGAUGAGACAGUGAAUCAAAUGAUAGCCAGACACGAAGAGGAAUUCGACCUCUUCAUGCGGAUGGAUUUGGACCGUCGUCGCGAAGAGGCCAGAAACCCAAAGCGGAAACCACGGUUAAUGGAGGAAGAUGAACUUCCAAACUGGAUCUUGAAAGAUGAUGCUGAGGUGGAAAGGCUGACAUGUGAGGAGGAAGAGGAGAAAAUGUUUGGCCGAGGCUCGCGGCAGCGCAAGGAGGUGGACUACAGCGACUCUUUAACCGAGAAACAGUGGCUCAAGGUAGCCAUAGAAGAGGGCAACCUUGAGGAGAUUGAAGAAGAGGUUCGUCAGAAAAAAGCCCGCAAACGAAAGAGAGAUGUCGACCCACCGUUGGUCAUGGCAACCACGAGCACGCGUAGCAGCCGGGACAAGGAUGAUGAUGAAAAGAAGAAAAAAAAGCGUGGGCGGCCACCAGCAGAAAAAUUAUCACCAAACCCCCCAAACCUCACCAAAAAAAUGAAGAAAACUGUAGAUGCAGUGAUCAAGUACAAGGACAGCAGUACUGGCCGACAGCUCAGUGAAGUCUUCAUUCAACUUCCAUCACGCAAGGAGCUUCCAGAGUACUAUGAACUCAUCCGCAAACCCGUCGACUUCCGGAAGAUAAAGGAACGGAUCCGUAAUCACAAGUACCGUAGCCUCAAUGACCUAGAAAGAGAUGUGAUGUUGCUAUGUCAGAAUGCACAGGCCUACAACCUGGAGGGAUCACUGAUCUAUGAGGAUUCAAUUGUACUUCAGUCUGUUUUUACCAGCGUACGACAGAAAAUCGAGAAGGAGGAAGAUAGUGAAGAUGAUAGUGAGGAAGGAGAGGAGGAGGAGGAGGAAGGAUCCGAGUCAGAAUCUCGUUCAGUGAAAGUGAAAAUUAAGCUAGGCCGAAAGGAGAAGAGCCAGGAUCGAGUGAAAGGGCGCAAACGCUCCAGUCGUGCCUCUAAAUCCAAACCUGUUGUAAGCGAUGAUGAUACAGAGGAGGAAGUGGAUGAGGAACGGUCAGGAACUGGUAGCGAAGAAGAUUAAUCUCAGGAUAACAUUCUAUGUCGGAAUCUACACUGGGGCUUUGUCCAUCCUUCAGAAAGUGACUGUGCGAUGUUCUCAUACCUGUGUCUGGCUAGCAGUGUAGUUUACGUUUUUAGUACACAAUGUGAACUUGUAUAUUUACAG